ACGAAGGAAAUGCCAGCCCACCCAACCCACAAUCACCCGCAGAUCCACAGUGUCACACCCAAGUGGAACAAUAACAUACGCAUAUACCUACAUAUCUGUACCUAUAUAUAUAUAUAUAUAAAUGAAUCCCAGGAUCUCUCCUCUAUGUUCCUCCGUUGCAGAUCUGCAUCCGUUUCUGCAUUCACACUCUACUCCACAUUAUUAGCUUCCUUCUCGUCACCCAAUUUUCCCCAGAAAAUUUUGGAUACUGAAAUGGCAGCAAGGAAACCUGGAUUAAUUGCUUUGUUUGAUGUUGAUGGCACUCUUACCGCUCCCCGAAAGGUCGUUACUCCGGAUAUGCUGAAGUUCAUGCAGGAACUUCGAAAGGUUGUUACAGUUGGUGUUGUUGGAGGGUCUGACCUUGUUAAGAUAGCAGAGCAGCUUGGGAACUCAGUUAUAAAUGACUAUGACUACGUAUUUGCGGAAAAUGGUCUUGUGGCCUAUAAGGAUGGGAAGCUCAUUGGGACCCAGAGCUUGAAAUCAUAUCUUGGAGAAGAAAAACUUAAGGAAUUUAUUAAUUUUACGUUGCAUUACAUUGCCGACUUGGAUAUUCCAAUAAAGAGAGGAACAUUUAUAGAGUUCCGAAGCGGGAUGCUCAAUGUAUCACCAAUUGGCCGAAACUGCAGCCAGGAAGAACGGGACGAGUUUGAAAAGUAUGACAAGGUUCUGAACAUACGCCCUAAGAUGGUGUCUGUGCUCCGCGAGAAAUUUGCUCACCUUAACCUCACCUUUUCCAUUGGGGGACAAAUAAGUUUUGAUGUUUUCCCUCAAGGUUGGGACAAGACUUAUUGCUUGAGAUAUGUGGAUGAUUUUCAUGAAAUUCACUUCUUUGGAGACAAAACUUACAAGGGAGGAAAUGACCAUGAGAUAUAUGAAUCGGAGCGAACUAUGGGGCACACAGUUACUAGCCCUGAGGAUACUGUAAAGCAGUGUACAGCUCUCUUCCUAAGCAAGCAGGUUUAAUGGUCCCUGUGGUUAUUUCGACUUUGUUGCCUUCAAUUAUUUGCCAUUUUGUAAUUUGUAGUCAUAAGAAUGAUGGGUAGCAGAAAUAUCUGUUUGAAUCUGUAAUUCCCUUCACAGGCUUCAUUUCUGUAUUCAAGUGACGGCUAUUUUCAUGUUGCUAGUGUUCAUUAGAAGUUCAAUCUGUUAUUUGAAUGGGAUCACAGAGAUUGAUAGACAUUGGCAAUAUUUUUGUAUGAAAUAAGAAUCCAAUUAUUUGUAUUCAGCUUAUUAAAGCC